AGAAAUUGGAGUAGUUUUGAUGUAUUUGUAGGAAGCAUGGCAAGUAUUUUUUUAAUGUAAGAUCCGUAAUUUGUACCAAGUGAGCUGACAAAUAAUUAGGACGGAUGUUUGUGAACAUGACUUAAAUUGACAGAAAUGCAAGAUUAUGCAGUUAUUCUCAGUUCAAAAGUGACCAUGCAAGAAAAUGAUCAUAAAUCGGCAACUGACGGGCGGUCGCCAUCUUCUAGAUGAGUUUUUCUUCUUUCUUGUGGAAUUUAUUUUAUUAAAAUAAUGUGCGUUUAUACUUGAAUACGUAGUGCUUAUUGGCGUAAAAAGGAUCCCAGUACUUUGAAAAAUACCCUGGAUCCGAAAAAGAGGUAUGUUUUGUUCCUGUGGGUACAUCGUUCAGCGCAACAUUUUAGGUGUGCAUAACUUCGGGAGAACAGUGACAAGCUCCGUAAUAUUUUAUUAUAAUUUAAAUUGUGUGCAUUAUGUGGGUUAUUAUACCCUAUAUAAGCAGCGUAGAAUAUGAUAGAAGUGCAUCGUUUAGGAUAGCUUCUCAGUAGUUGUGUUUAUAAAGAAGAUAACCGUUGAAAUGUGAGACGAAAUCAAGAUCUCGCAGUGAAGGAAGCAAUGAAUGUCCGAAACAAACUUCAUCUUCAGAUUACAGAUGGAGCAUUGCGCAAAACAGGGGGGAUGACUGAGAACCGCUGGACCUCGGGAGGUGGAGGUGCUGGCGUGAAGAUGGAGCACUUCCAGCCGGCCCUGGACCCCAGGAAACAGGAACUGCUAGAGGCACGCUUUCUCGGAACCAGGGGAUCGGGCGAAUAUUCCUCCGCGAACAGCAGCUGCCCGCAAUGCCCUAGCCGCUGCGGGAUGCCUACAACUACCGCCCCAGGGGUAGACUGGUCGACUGUGGGUGCUGGAGGCGGCAGCGGUAGUGGAGGCGGCAGCAACAGGGACCGACAAACCAACCAGCAGAUGUCAGCUGGGUCUCAAAUUCAGAUGGCACCACAGGCAACUGUCAAUUCAGGCCAGCCAGUUCAUAGUCAGGACUCCAACAUGAGUACAGGUUCCUCUCAUAGUGAUAAAGAGGUGGACCCAAACACUCCUGAGAAGAUCUCCCGCACACCCUCGGAAAGGAAGCGCAAGCGUAAGGGAGAUGAUGGGGGAGGGGGGGUGGCAGGGCCUGUGGGCGGUGCUGGAGGAAAGGGUGCUCGCACGGGAGACAACAAGAAGAUCAACGAGUACUUCCCCAAACAUGCGGGUACCAGCCCCAUUCGACACGGUGGCUCAAAGAGCCCUUCCCCGCAGGCAUAUCCCAUGUACCCUCCCUCCCCCCAACAAGCACUGCUGCCGUCACCUCAGACACCAGGCGUUCAGUCUGUUCCGCCAGAUUUCUCAAACCUCAUGCAUCCGCCCAGGCCCCCACCAACCAUGAUCAGCAAACAAGUACAGACGGAGUUAACGUGUCAGAGGAUACAGGAAUUUGAAACGCAAGCAUCAUCUGAUCUGGAACUCCGAAACAACAAAAUAGAUGAGCUAAAUAGAACGACGGAGGAACUGAGGCACCAGCUGGCAGCCCAGCAAAAGGUGAUCGAGCAACACAAGUCUCAUAUCAACAAGUGUAUUGAUGUGGUCAAAAAACUGCUCAAGGAAAAGUCCAACAUUGAGAAGAAGGAGGCACGGCAAAAGUGCAUGCAGAAUAGGUUACGGCUAGGCCAGUUCGUCACGCAGAGAGUAGGUGCAACGUUCCAAGAGAAUUGGACUGAUGGUUAUGCAUUUCAGGAGUUGGCAAGGCGGCAGGAAGAAAUUACAGCGGAGCGAGAAGAAAUCGACCGACAGAAGAAAAUGCUGCUCAAGAAGCGGCCGUCAAAUAGUGAGACUGCGCGCAAACGGAGUAACACUCAGCAGCAGCAGCAACAACAGCAGCAACAGCAACAACAAGGGCAGGGUUCGGCUAUCCUGCACAACGGCACUGACGCCACGUUCCUGAAACCAGACGCUAUCCCAGGAUUCUCGUGGCAAGAGUACUAUGAGGCUGACGAAAUUCUUAAGUUGCGGCAGAGCGCACUAAAGAAAGAGGAUGCAGAUCUUCAGCUGGAAAUGGAAAAGCUGGAGAGGGAACGAAACCUACACAUCCGCGAGCUCAAGAGGAUCCACAACGAAGACCAGUCCCGCUUCAAUAACCAUCCGGUCCUCAACGAGCGCUACCUCCUGCUCAUGCUCCUAGGCAAGGGUGGCUUCAGUGAAGUGCAUAAGGCUUUCGACUUGAAGGAGCAGCGCUACGUUGCCUGCAAAGUGCACCAACUGAACAAAGACUGGAAAGAGGACAAGAAGGCUAACUACAUCAAACAUGCGUUAAGGGAAUACAACAUCCACAAGGCACUGGAUCACCCUCGUGUGGUCAAGUUGUACGACGUGUUUGAAAUUGAUGCCAACUCAUUCUGUACAGUGCUGGAAUACUGUGAUGGUCAUGAUUUGGACUUUUAUCUCAAACAGCACAAGACUAUUCCGGAGAGAGAAGCACGGUCCAUUGUGAUGCAGGUUGUAUCAGCACUCAAGUAUCUCAAUGAGAUAAAACCUCCAGUCAUCCAUUAUGACCUUAAGCCAGGUAACAUACUCCUAACGGAAGGGAAUGUUUGUGGUGAAAUAAAAAUAACUGACUUUGGACUGAGUAAAGUGAUGGAUGAGGAAAACUAUAACCCCGACCAUGGAAUGGACUUGACCUCGCAAGGAGCUGGUACCUAUUGGUAUCUGCCCCCAGAAUGUUUUGUGGUCGGAAAAAAUCCUCCCAAAAUCUCAUCCAAGGUUGACGUCUGGAGUGUAGGGGUUAUUUUUUAUCAGUGUCUCUAUGGCAAGAAGCCUUUCGGACACAACCAGUCUCAAGCCACCAUCUUGGAGGAGAACACAAUUCUCAAGGCCACUGACGUGCAGUUUGCCAACAAGCCCACAGUCAGCAAUGAAGCGAAGAGUUUCAUCAGAAGUUGCUUAGCAUAUCGCAAGGAAGAUCGGAUUGACGUGUUCUCCCUGGCUAGGCACGAGUACCUGCAGCCCCCGAUGCCAAAGCAUGGUCGACAGGCGAGCAACCAGCAGCAAAUCCAACAACAAGCACAGCAGCAACAGCACAUACAGCAACAACAGCAGCAGCAACAACAGACCUCAUUCAGUACUGGAAUGUUCAGUGGCAUGAAUGCGUCCAGCUCCUCCUAGUGACCAAGGAGGCGACGCAGCGAUGUGGCCAUGAGAAAGAACCUGGCUUCCCGUGCGGCCUCUAGCGGAACGUUCUCAGCCUAACCUGGCAGCAUGUGUAACUCCAUCUCCUGCAGAAGGCAGCAUUUAUUAACCUGGCAGCAAAGAAGUAUCAGUUGAUUAGAGUGUAAGAUGAAUUCAGGGUCAUGUGGAACCAUCUUGUCAAAAUCAACAAAAGGCAGAGUGAUCAUUUGAAAUACUGCACAUUGUUCUGAUUCUACUCCUUGAGAUUAUGCAGUAUAAAGUGACACCAGCUUUCGGUUGGUCUUGGCUCUGUGGCUCGCUGGCUGGAAUGUGGGGAUGUGACCCAUAGUUUCAUCUCGAGCCCACAUCCAAAAAUUACCUCCAGAAAAUAAAUGCAUCUUAAAGUGGGUAGUAUUACUUCUUGACAGUGACUGGCAGGCCGCUCCAGGGUACAGUACACUUCAUCCAUUUUCUGAAGCAAGCGUCACCAUUGCUGUGUUGCUUUCCAGUUUGAUCAGUGUUUCAUUUCAAAGCAGAAAACAAACAAAUUAAACAGCCCCCUUCUUGAGUUUAGACGGCAGUGGCCCUGGACUAUUCGAUAUAAAGAUGGUGAUCGAAAUCGGUGCUUAAUUCCCAAAGUGAACCUAGAUUGUGCUGCUGUGCCAUGGAUUGAGAGACAUUCGCUUAACCAUUGUGCAGCAUCGAUGAAGUUCCUCGUUAAAGAGCGGCAGUGUGGCUGCUUGAUGGCAGUAGGAGACAGAGGCCUCUGGAAGGGGCAUACUGGAAAGGUGGUGAGGGGGUCUCCCAUGUGUACAUAUAUUAAUGUUACCUCCUCCCCCCUUGCCUCCAUGACGGGAUGAUCGGCUUUUAUUGACCAGUGAAACGUCAUCUGAUCUAACAUCACCAAACGAAGAAGGAAGAAUCGGACAUGAGGUGACGGAAAACACUUACUGUCCGGUGACUUUGGUUUUUUCAUCUUCUGUACGAUGCUCGCGGAAGUAGGGAUGUGUUUGUUUUGUUAUUCCCCCCGUGUGUGGAAGAGUAAUAUGGAGACAAUUAUAAUUAAUAAUAAAAGUGAAACUUAUAAAUACGUAGUGUAAAGCUUUAGAGAACAUACACGGAAGGAAGAAGUACGAGCGAGCGAACUGACCCCCUAGUGUGUGGAAGUAUUCCGUGAAUAUUUCAACACUUCCCCCCCCCCCAACUCUCUUUUCUCUCUCUCCUGCUGAUAAUGCUUUCUGCUUCCAUCGUUGACCGCAUGUGUACAGUCAACUAUUUUUGUCUGGUUUUUUUUGUACCAUUGUAAUUAUGUUGAUUUCCUAAAGGAUCACUUUUUAUUAUCAGAAGAAUCUGGAAACUAUAGCAGUCCGAAGGAAUGAAAUGGGAGAAACAGCAAAGGCAACUGAAAUUUAAUCAAACAUUUAAUCAUAUCCUUAUUUUCUCCUCUUUUUUGAUAGAAAAUAAUAAGGCUAUUGUAAGUUAUUUUUAAAAGUGACCUUGCUGGAAUGCUUUGUAACAUAUACUGUUGUUGUGAAUGAAACCAGACGGGAGGAUCAAGGUUCAAGCCAAGGGCUUGCACGCAAAUUGUUUUACUGGUUCCAAUUGCUAGGCAAGAGUGAAUGAAUGCGUGAGAGUGGGUGUGUGGUGUGUGCAUGGUCAACAUGUCGCCAAGCGGCAGACGUACAGACUGGUGUAGUGUACAGCUGAGGCUUCAGUGUGAUGAGAAUAUAUAAGUCUGACUGGUUCCGUGAUACAGCACUCGUUUCUAAUACCUCCUCAAACCUAGGCUUGGUAGAAUUUUAUUUAAAUGCUAUAGUAUCCUCAUGUAAGAAUGAAGUGGCAUCUCCGACUGUAUGGUGCUAAGACGAACAACAAAUUGUACCAAGUGUAAUCUUUGCUCAUUGCUUUAACUCCAUUUGUAAUGGUUGAGCCUUACGUGUUCUUUGGUCUCUGUCCAAAUGUAUGGCAUAUAUUAGGCUGUCAAGUUUAAUUGUGCUCUCUUUGUACAAAGCACUGGUUACUCAUUGCCAAAUAAAAUACAAAUUGAAAGUUCUUU